GCUGGAGGCAGAUGUAACCUCACACUUUCAGUGAGCUCCAGGCAGCUGACCAGCUCUGCCGACUUCUCUAUCUUGUCUCUUCUGAGCCACAGGAGUGUGUGUGUGUGUAUGUGAACAAGUGUGUGUGGAAAUAAAAACACACCCUGCUUUUCGCAUUGUUGCUACUGAGCCUUUCUGACACAGGGCUCUUUUUUUGGGGAUUGAAAUCAUCUUCCAUCGUAUUGGAUUUAUCCUACGGACUGACUUUAUGCUUUGAGGAUAUUCUUUUUGAUUUGCCUUUUUGAAUUAUUGCUUGGGCAGGAAGUUCAGCAUGUGAGAAGGAGUGGGUGUCUGCACAUCGGGCACAGGUUCGUGAAACGAGAGCCAGGGAGGCGGAGUGCUACAGCAGCACAGGAGAUUCUGCUUUCGAGCCACGAGGCUGGAUACUUUAUUCAUGCUCCUGCCAGGAGUGAGACUACAGGAUUCGGGGCUGACUUUGGAGCCUGACUUCAAAACCGAACCGCCCUGGAUUUGAGCCCACCAUACUGCAGACGGACUGUGGUCUUUACGCCAUGAUCAUACUGCUUCGGGAGAGACGGGAGCAGUUCAUUUCUCAAAGUGGACUCUCUGAUACGCACAAAAGGGUUUGAUUAGGAGUCUCAACUUAAAAUAAAAGGAUUCUUUUCUCUUUUUUAUUUCCUUUCUUUUUGUUUUAGUCCUUCUUUGUGAUUAAAUUCACUGAAAUUGCAUGCCUGCACAGGAGAAGGCUGCCUGAGGUCUGUCUGGAAGCGGAGCUGCUUGCUUUAUAGGUUUAUCUACCAUGGCAAAGCCUUUGAUUGCAUGAACUGUGGACGCUGCAAUACAAGACAGGAGGUCAGCGGUACAAAUAAGGAUCAGUUCAACAAAUACCAGCCUGGUCAGGAUAUAACCAAAGAGACCCCUUGAACAAGACGGACAAACAUCUCCUAAAAGAAUAGAAAGGAGAGCUUAAAGCCUCAUUGGAUUUUGGGUGGCAGCAGAGGAUUAACUGGCAUUUCUAAAUCAGGGCAACGACCACAAGGAGGACAUUAGCGAUGGCAAGCAAUUACAAGUCUUUCUUCGUCUUCUUCAUCAGAGCCGGGCUUCUGCUUGGCCUGGCCAAUCCAUUGGUGACCUCUGCCUCCUGUCCCUCGCAGUGCCGGUGCGAUGGGACUUUCAUAUACUGCAAUGACCGGGAUUUGACUUCCAUCCCUUCGGGCAUCCCAGAGGAUGCUACAGUACUUUUUCUCCAGAACAACCGCAUCAAAAGCGCAGGGAUCCCUACGGAUCUACGACGGCUGAACAGUGUUGAAAAGAUCUACCUGUACUGCAACAAUCUGGACGAGUUCCCCACCAACUUGCCGCUGAAUGUCAAGGAACUUCAUUUGCAGGAGAACAAUAUCCGGACUAUCACCCACGCGUCCCUGGCACAGAUUCCCUUCAUUGAGGAAUUACACCUCGAUGACAAUUCCGUGUCAGCUGUCAGCAUCGAAGAGGGUGCGUUCCGGGACAGCAACCAUUUGAGGCUGCUCUUCCUGUCCCGCAACCACCUUAGCACCAUACCUUCCGGCCUGCCAAUGACUAUUGAAGAGCUUCGCUUUGACGACAACCGCAUCUCGUCCAUCUCUGAGGCAUCCCUGCAGGAUCUUAUAAACCUGAAGCGACUGGUUCUGGAUGGCAACCUCCUGAACAACAAGGGCAUUGGGGAGAUGGCCUUGGUGAAUUUAAUCAACCUGACUGAGCUCUCGUUGGUACGGAACUCCCUGACUUCCCCACCUGCCAACCUGCCGGGCUCAAGCCUGGAGAAGCUAAAUCUUCAAGACAACCACAUCAAUCACGUGCCAGCAGGUGCCUUUGCUUUUCUGCGACAGCUGUACCGUUUGGAUCUGUCAGGCAACAACUUGAGCAGUCUGCCCAUGGGGGUAUUUGAAGACCUGGAUAACCUUACCCAGCUGCUCCUGCGCAACAACCCCUGGUACUGCAACUGCAGGAUGAAGUGGGUACGUGACUGGCUGCGCAGUAUUCCAUCUAGGGUCAACGUGCGUGGCUUCAUGUGCCAGGGUCCUGAUAAGGUCAAAGGGAUGGCCAUCAAAGACCUAUCCACAGAGCUGUUUGGCUGCUCAGACACCGAGAUCCCAACGACAUAUGAGACCAGCACAGUCUCAAACACUUUGCCACCCUCUCGACCCCAGUGGCCCUCAUAUGUGACUAAAAAACCUGUGGUUAAGGGUCCAGAGCUGGGAAGAAACUAUCGUAGCACGACGCCGUCCAGCCGCAAGAUCAUCACGAUAAGCGUCAAAUCCAGUAGCGCAGAGACUGUGCACAUAUCCUGGAGAGUAUCCCAGCCCAUGACAGCCCUGAGGCUCAGUUGGCUAAAGCUGGGCCACAGUCCUGCUUUCGGAUCUAUAACCGAGACCAUCGUCCAAGGGGAGAGAACAGAGUACCUGCUCACAGCUCUGGAGCCCGAAUCCUCUUAUCGGAUAUGCAUGGUUCCCAUGGAAACGAGUAACAUUUACCUGUCAGAUGAGACACCUGUUUGCAUAGAGACAGAAACUGGUUCCCUGAAACCAUACAAUCCCACCACAACCUUGAACAGAGAGCAGGAGAAAGAGCCUUACAAAAAUUCCAAUCUGCCUUUAGCUGCUAUCAUCGGAGGGGCGGUGGCCCUUCUGGCUAUCAUCAUGUUGGCCCUGGUGUGCUGGUAUGUCCACAGGAACGGUUCCUUAUUUUCCAGGAACUGCACGUACAACAAAGGGCGCAGGCGGAAGGAUGAUUACGCCGAAGCUGGAACAAAGAAGGACAACUCCAUCUUGGAGAUUAGAGAGACCUCUUUUCAAAUGAUUCCAAUAAAUCACAUGCCCGUUUCAAAGGAGGAGUUUGUGAUACACACAAUUUUUCCUCCUAAUGGCUUAAGUCUUUACAAGAGCCCGCACAGCGAAAACAGUAUCAACAACAGAAGCUACAGAGACAGUGGAAUACCAGAUUCAGACUACUCUCAUUCAUGAUAGUGUGCGAGGAUUACAAAGACGUUUUAUUGCAAAUGAGUGACUCGGAGACUGCUUGGUCUUUUGAAAAACACUGGAUUGAAAAGACUGAGAAAGCAUCGUUAUGUACAUUUGCCAUAUAAUUUAUAUUUAAGGACGAUUUAUUAAAAGGAAAAAAGGUUCCGAUUGCAGGCCAUCACUGAGCUGUCGGUGUAUGCUGCCACAAACUGCAAUUCUAUAUUUUAGAUAUUUGUAGUCAUUUGUACUGUACUUCCUUUACUUAUGGUUUUAGACCAAUUAAAAAAAACUUUGUGCUCUACUGAGAUAUGAUGACUUGUCAACUGUGAAAGUGGGUUUUCAUUGCCGUGUUGAACAAUCAGAUUUUAGAAAACCAUGUAGUAUAAGCACAGGUCAAAAUUAUCGCUACGUUGCUGUCUGUGGAAAAAAUAAAUACAACAAAAAACAAGGCUGGGAGAAUAUAGGGCAUAGGUGAUUGAUCGAAGAAAAUAAAGACACAAGUGUUUUGUUAAUUCUAAGGAUGACAGGCACAGACUUACUCCGGUGUCACAGAAACCUCUGGGUUUCUUUAGGAAUCCUGGUUUGCCCGUUCCAGAACGUUGCCAGCUUUUACAUCACUGCAACGAUUAAGAAGCAGAUAUCUAUUACUUCCUCUCUGCCCUGGAGAAGGCAGCAACACUGCACAGAAUUCUAAAUCCUUUGCAAAUGAAGCACACAGAUCAAAUGAAAGGUUACAUUGCAGUCAAAUCAAAGUGGAUGGGCAAAAACACAACACAGAACUCAAUAUCGCUCAUUCAGCAAAGGGAAACAGCAUUUACCGUAUUCCUCAGUACAGUUAACCACGUCAUGUAAACGUUGCCCUCCAAAAAGGAAUAUUGUGGGCAGAAAAAAUAUGGCAAGAAACACAUUUGGGCUCUUUUCUAUUUGAAAUAUAAAAAGUGUCAACUUUUUUUUUUUUUUUUUUUUUUUUUUCCAUAUAAUUCUUAUUUGUAUUUUGUGUUAUCUAAUUCAAGCCACUUUUAAGUUGCCACAGUUAAAUUGUUCUUUACAACUGAAGACCAAAGUGCAUUGAAUGCCCUUUGGCCAGUCUUGUAUGUGCCUUGAUCCAAUGCUUAUUGUAUUUAGCUUUUUCAAAAAAAUAAAUCAGUGACUUAACUUUUUUCAUACACACUUGAAUAUGAUAGGAUAUUGGUCAUAUUGCAAAAUAAAAGUGGAUAAAACCC